UUUGUUCAGAGGGUGUUAUCAUAAUGACCUCACUCAAAAGAUAAAAGGAAUUGCUGUGAAAAGAGGGAAUGAGGCCAAAGAAGCAGAGAGGAGUUCAGGGAAAGCUGGGCUAAGAAACCCAUGUGUGAGAAGGGAGGUUGGGAGGCAGUCAGGGUGAUGGUCUCGGCUCCAGGCCAGCAGUCCAGAUGGAAGAGGGUAGAACAUACAAGUCAUAAAUUAGGUAUGAAAGGACCAGUAACAUGUUACACAAUUAUUUUAGAUGUCUUCCAUCUGUUUUUGCACUUUUUUUUUUUUUAGCCAGGAGUUGGCCUGGAAAUUUAACAAUAGUUAUAAAAAUGACAAAUAAAUGUGCUCUGGCCCAGCAGUUCCAUUCCGGGAAUUUAUAGGACUGGCACUCUUACAGAUAGCCAACUGUGUGUCAGCAAGGGUUCUCCUGCAAUGUCCUUUGUAAUAGCCAAGAAGAAAAAAAACAUUGGAAACAUCCAGAUGUCAGGCAGUAGGGAUCGCUUAAGAAAAUCAUGAACAUUUCCCAGAGGAACACUAUUCAGCGGGAAAAAGAAUGAGGAGGCCUGGCUUUCUGAACACCGGAAUCUUGGAGCUGUGUUACUAAGUGAAAGACCCAGGGUCUGGAUUAUGAGGGAAGCGUGAGGCUGCUGGGCCCUGUGUGUGAGGCUGUCCACAUGCAUUUCUCAUCUCUGACCAAAGGGCAGUUUGAAGUCCAGUAUGCACCGUGGUUCCAGUGGACAAGUUCUCCAGAGCUGUUUCCAGAAAUAUUUGAUGCCCUGGAGAGCCGUGAGCCCCCUGCGGUUGCUCUUAGCCUCAUGAAGCUGACGGCGUGUCUGGAGCGGGCCCUGGGCGAUGUGUUUUUGCUGGUUGGGAAGGAAUGCCCGUUUCUUUUAAGAGAUCUGCUUGCCUCUGCGGAGCUUGCUCAGGUCUUCGGGCAGCCUGUGAUGGACGUCCUGACGGUCUUGGUGGGCUCUCCGCGCGGACUCAACCUGCGCAACGUCCUGUGGCACGGGUUCGCGGCCCCUCAGGAAGUUCCCCCCAGGUACUGCUCGAUGCUGGUGCUGCUGACCGCGGGGCUGGGCCAGCGGCUGGAGGCCCACCUGCGGCAGACGGAGCGCACGGUGGCCCGUCGGCCGCUCCUCAGGCUCGUGGACUCGGAGGACUGGACCAUCUUCCCUGCUGCUACUGACGAGGUCCUUUCGGUGUGGGAGGAAGUGGUGCGGAAAUCCUCUCUCGUCCUGAGGAUCAUGCUGCCGUACUGGAAAGCCGCGCUGACCAGGUUCCGGGCACACAGGUUCGCCGACUGUGCCGUGCUGCUGCUGACACAGCUGGAGACGGGGCUGCGACACCUGUUCGCCACGGUUAACCGGUGUCCCCGGAGACUUCUGACGGCCGAGUCGGCAGCUCUGUACACCACCUUUGAUGAAAUGCUGGCACAACACCUGAGUGACGGCGAGAUCAAUCAACUUCCUCUUGUCCUCGGGGAGCCUGCCAUGGAGUUCCUCUGGGACUUCCUGAACCACCAGGAGGGCCCGCGCGUGCGGGAUCACCUCAGCCACGGGGAAGUCAGCCUCCCGGAGUUCCCCAGGGGCCUGGCCGAGCAGCUGCUCGCCUUCUCCCUGGUGCUGCUGCUGAGAUUCGCGGAGGAAGACCUGGCGCCAGAGGUCAAGGAGAAGGCUGCAGUGAAGGCGCUGGUCAGGCUGGCGGAGGGCUACCGUGCCCGCUUCCACCCCGUCGCGCUGAUUAAAAAACAGGUGCUGAGCUGCGAGGAGAGCAUCCGGUCGUGGCCUCUGCCGCCUUUGUCUGAGGACGCUGUGAGGGAGGCUGCCCGAUUGGGUGGCAGUGCUGAAGCCAGUGCCUGUGAGCCGCUGGUCAUGAAGAUCAUGUCUGAGCUGUGCCACCACGUGCCCGGGCACCACUGCCCUUUCCAGGGUGUGGAGAGCCUUCCUGUUGAGAGGUGGCCCCGGCCGCUCCCGUAUGUCUGCAGCCUUCGUGUGCCGACCCUGUUCUGCCCCCGGGCCGUCCUGGAGGUGCUGACGGUGCUCCGGAGCAUCAGCUCACGCUGCACCCAGGUGUCCCGGCAGGUGGCGGCCUCCCUGGAGCUCCGGGGCCGGCAGUGGGCGGAGAAGACGCUGCGCUCGCGGCAGAGGCAGAACUUCCUGCGCAUGGUGAGCAGUGUUAAGCUGCUGUCCGCGGUGCUGUCCCUGGUUGUGCUGCUGGUGGCGCUGGAACUGGUCAGUGUUCACGGGGUCUGUGGAGAAGAGCCGUGCGGCCGCCAGCGAUACCUCAGGUUCCUGAAGUCGGUCCUGCAGUUCACCGAGAACCUGGCGGCCUGCACCAGCCCUGGCAGGAACCGGUGGGGCGAGGUGGCCCGGCUCACGCACACGGCGCUGCUGGGCAUCUGGGCCUUCAGCGAGAGGAGGCAGCUGCUCAUCCACGGAGCGGGGGCUCCCGGAGAGCCCGCCCCCACGGACACGGCAGCAGCUUCGUCACUCCAGGAGCCCCCGGGAUGGACGUCACAGACUGCAAACGGGGGUCCAGGGGGGGCGGUUCCAGGGACACGCUUCCCAUGGUGAUGCCGUGUCCUCCGUUAGCACGCCAUCGAGCCCGCGGUCCCCGUGGUGGUGCUGUUCGUAUCCUCCUCCGUCAGCACGCCAUCGAGCACGUGGUCCCCGUGGUGGUGCCGUGUCCUCCUCCGUCAGCACGCCAUCGAGCACGCGGUCCCCGUGGUGGUGCCGUGUCCUCCUCCGUCAGCACGCCAUCGAGCACGCGGUCCCCGUGGUGGUGCCAUGUCCUCCUCCGUCAGCACGCCAUUGAGCACGUGGUCCCCAUGGUGGUGCCGUGUCCUCCUCCGUCAGCACGCCAUCGAGCACGCGGUUCCCGUGGUGGUGCCAUGUCCUCCUCCGUCAGCACGCCAUCGAGCAUGCGGUCCCCGUGGUGGUGCCGUGUCCUCCUCCGUCAGCACGCCAUCGAGCACGCGGUCCCCGUCAGCCCUCGCCCGUCCUCCCAGCCUGCCCUCCGUGGGCCGGUGAGUCCCUGACGGCGUGGGCAGUACAAAGUGGCAGCAUGUUGCUCCCCUGCACUCACUCGUCACCAUCUCUGAGGACAGAGGCCUCCGGCUGCGUGAGCCUCAGAGAGCCCUCGGGGUGGCUCAGGCCUGACAGCUGGCUGCAUGUCCCUGGGACUCCUCGGCGUGGCGAGUGGAGAGGCCCCCCCAGGUCCCCGCCCGGCGGCCACGGCCACGUCGCCCACGGGAGCCUCUCCUGGGGCUGCCACCCCCGAGGCCCUGCAGGGGUGAGAGCAGCCGGCCACGCGCCCCCCGGCGCCAGCACAGAC